CCUACAGAGAGUGAUACGGCGAACGUGUACUUGUAUGGUGGUGUAAAAAUAAAAAAUUCUCCCGCCAAAUCUUGGUUUACUAAAAAGAAACUAAGAAAAACAUGGUUACGCAUCCAUGUAAAGUUAACUAUUACAUCGGGUCGCUUACAUACACCGCGAUAUGAUCUUGGUAACAUGGAUCCAAACAAAUAGAGCUAUGAGAGCAUUGCAUUUUAUACUUUUCCAGUGAAACAAAAUGGAAAAAUGGCUGGGUCCUUGUUUGUUGCUGAGUGCUUUUGGGUUUCUGAAAGAGUUCCGGCCUUCAGAACCAUUUGUUACAGAGUUUUUAGUUGGAACUUGGAAAAAUUUUACAGUGCAGCAGGUUAUGCAGGACAUUUACCCUGUCUGGACUUAUUCUUAUUUGGUUCUUCUGUUCAUUGUCUUCAUUGUAACCGAUCUUUUACUCUACAAGCCAGUUGUGGUGUUUGAAGGAAUCUCAUUAGUCAUAACAUGGUGUUUACUCAUAUGGGGACAAGGCAUUGCUGCUAUGCAAGCAGUAGAAUUUGUGUAUGCUGCUUCAACAGCUAGCAAAGUAGCAUAUAGUACUUAUAUCUACACUCAGGUGCCUGUGGCUAAAUUUCAAAUAGUGACUGCAUAUACAAAAGCUGCUUUGCUUACGGGACGUUGCUUUGCUGGGAUACUAGGCCAAAUUCUUGUUGCCACUGGCACUUGUGACUACCUUGCAUUGAACUACAUCUCCCUAGGUUUCGUGUCGUGUUCGACAGUGAUUGCUUUUUUUCUUCCAAGUGUGUCACGUUCUAUUUACUUCCACCGUAGAAAACCACGAGAACGCAGUCUAAAUGAUCAGUUAGCUCAGUUAGAGACAUCUAAUGAACUGCACACCUGUCAGGACCGAGAAGAAAUUCCAAGCUUAGGGAAAUUAAUUCAGUCCUUAACCCCUGUGGAACAUACGAACCAAAACAACAAAUGUACAGAAAAUUCUGUGUGUCUCCUAUUUUGGGAAGAUUUUACUGCGGCUUUUUCUGAUAACUACACCCUAAAGUGGUCUUUGUGGUGGGCUUUUGCAACUUGCGGGUUUUUUCAGGUUGUUAAUUACAUCCAGCCACUCUGGGAAGCUUUGGAUUCUGAAUCGGAGAACGUGUACAAUGGUGGGGUUGAGGCUUUACACGCAUUCCUAGGUACUGAGCGCACAGCCUACCAUAGCGCCCUGACUACUUUGGCCGUUGGACAUCUUUCUAUUGACUGGUCUGUAUAUGGCGAACCAGUAAUUGCCGUAAUUUCUCUCUUCGAAGGAGUGAUGCUGUUUGUGGCCGGCAAUACGGAUAUACUUUGGAUAACUUAUGCCACAUAUAUUGCAUUCUGCUUAUCUUAUAGAAUUCUCAUUACCAUCGCAAGUUCGGAAGUGGCCAAAGGACUGAAGCGCGAAAGUUACGGAUUCAUCUUUGGAUUUAACACUUUUUUGGCCUUACUUUUCCAAGCAAUUCUCACUCUCUGUGUUACAGAUGGUGUUGGUUUAGCACUCGAUCCCCAAUCACAGUUCAAGAUAUAUGGUGGCUAUUUUGGUGUGCUGGGAACGAUUUUUUCGGCUAUGGCAGCGUACAAUAUCUUUCGAAACCGAUCUAGAGUGUACGCUUCAAAAAAGAUUUGCGCUCAACAUGUUCCAUUUGGUCACCCGUUGAUUGAUAUUCCUGCCAAAAACCGCGUUUUAAACUAAAAAUAUUUAAAUCCCAAGAUGUCCUCUGAAACCCCAAAGUUCGCACUUAUUCACUGACAAGCUUAUUGGCAAAUUCAAUGGUUCUUUGGGAAAACCAGAAGUAUUUAGUUAGAAGAAACCAAGGGAAAUUUCUGUUGUGACUCACCAAAAAGUACUUGUCCCUUGUCGAUUGAAUAACACUUUAGAAAUAACUCUCUUCAAAACAAAUGUCUCAGUCUAAUGGUUGACUGUGUAAACACUAGCUGAUGAAAAUCUCAAGGUCAAAAUCCAACAGUUACCCAAUUUUUAGGGUCUUAGUGAACUUUGUAGCCAAUGAUAGGUUUGAUAAGCAAGUCUAGUCGUUCAACGAUGAACAACUAAUCAGCUUCAGGAGAGGAAAGCUAAACACAUGUUUUGCAGACUAGGCAAACAGGUUAUUCGAUUUAAGGCUUAAACUAGCUUGAACACUUGUUUGUGUAAUUUACGUGUUGUCAUAAACAUGAAAACACAUUA